GAGCUAUUGUCCCACACUUCGUUUCCUUAUUCUCGCAGGUCAAAAGUGUCGACCUCGUCUCAGCCUACAUCACGCGCAUCCGGGAAGUGCAGCCCAUCAUCAACGCUGUCGUCGAGGAGAGAUUUGAGGAAGCGCUCCAAGACGCCAAGGAGGCCGACAGACUGGUGGCAUCGGGAAGCAUGAGUGCCACCGAAAUGACCAAAGAAAAGCCGUUGCUGGGGCUGCCGUUCACUGCCAAGAACAGCAUUGCCAUCAAAGGUUUGCGACAGGACGCGGGCUCCCUUUUCUGGCACGGACGGCGAGCCGAGGAGGACGCCCCGAGCGUGGCGUUGCUGCCGGGCAGCCGGAGCCUUUCCAUUGGCGCUGACCAACUGUACCAGAGCUGUGCAUGUGGGGCGACUCUCAGAACCUGGUGGACGGCUGCACGCGGAACCCACACGACACGCGCCGAAGCCCCGGUGGAAGCAGCGGUGGAGAGGCAAGCCUCCUGGCUGCAGCUGGCUCACUGAUUAGCCUAGGCACAGACAUCGGCGGAAGUGUGCGAAUACCAGCCGCCUACUGUGGGGUCUUCGGCCACAAGCCUACAGCCGGAGUGGUGCCCAACACUGGACUACUGCCAGAUGUUGGAGAAAAUCUGGAGCAGUUCAACUGCGUGGGUCCCAUGGCAAGGUUCGCGGAUGAUUUGCCGCUGAUGCUCAACGUCCUGGCGGGAAGUGCCACCCAUGGGCUUAGACUAAAUGAAAAGGUCAAUCUGAAGACGCUUAAGCUGUAUUACAUGGAAACAGAAGGAAGCGUUUACAUCAGCCGUGUGACCACUGAGGCUCGCCGGGCAGUUAGACGGGUGACCCAGUACCUAAGCGGGGCGCACGGACUCGAAGCGCAUCGCGCUGCACCUAGAGAUGCGAUUGGGCAUGGUUAUGUGGUUCAAGGUGGCCGCCGCCAAGGAGCCCAAGCCUUUGCCCGAGAUGUUCCGGCCCGGCGGCUUCAACACGUUAGCGAACUGCUCCGCCACCUGGUGGGAGCUGGCCGGCAUACACUUGCAGCGUUGGCCACGAUCAGCAUGGCGCCGCUUUUCCGCUUCGGUUCGAAGCAGCAGGCUGCGACUACGUGGCCUCCUUAG